GGGGCGGCGCGUGCGCGGAGCCAUCGAAGGUGCCAGAAGGAUCCGGGCGGAGGAGGCGGCGGAGCCGGUGCCACCAGCUCGUUGUCCCCCAGGUGCCACCAGGUCCCUGUCACCUCCCGUGCCCUCACCGUGGAGUCCCUGCGGGCGCUCUCCCAGCUGCACUCCCCGCAGCCGCCCAGCGGGGGAGGCGGCGACAGCGGCCACCAGCGCCACUGCCCCCAGCGCCACCGGCACGGCGACAGCCGCAUGUGGCGCUGCUGGCCGGGCUGGGAGGAGGACGAGUGCCUGGAUUUCUACGGCAUGCUGUCCCUGCACCGCCUCUUCGAGGUGCUGGCCGCGCAGCUCACCCCCAGCGACGUGGCCGUGCUCUCCUUCCUGCUGGACGAGGCGCUGCGCGACGGCGACGGCGACGGCGCCGCGCCGGCCCCGCGCCGGCCCGGCGGCCGCGGGGACCCCCGGAACGGGCUGGAGCUGCUGCUGGAGCUGGAGCGGCGCGGGCUGUGCCACGAGGGCGACCUGGGCCAGCUGCGGCAGCUGCUGCGCCUGGUGACGCGGCACGACCUGCUGCGGUGUGUCACGCUCAAGAGGCCGCGGCCGGUGUCCCCUGAGCGCGUCACCUGCGUCCCCGCCAUGGGGGGCACCUGCCCGAGCCCCCCCCAGCCCCGCCCCGAGCACUGGGAGACAGGCUCCAGCUCCGGCUCCAGCUCCGGCUCCAGCUCCGGGAAGCGGAAGCGCAGCACCCGGAAUUCCCGAAAUUCCCGGAAUUCCCGGAAUUCCCGACGGACGCGGCGACCCCUCCCCCCCAGAGAGCCCCCCCAGGACCCCCCCGAGCCCCCGGCCAAGGUCACCUGCGACAUCCGCCUGCGCGUCCGCGCCGAGUACUGCGAGCACGAGCGCGCGCUGCGGCGCGGCGUGGCCUCCAGCCGGCCGCGGGGGCCGGGCCGGGCGCUGGACGUUUUCGGCCAGGCCAGCGGCGUGCUCAAGGCGCGCGAUUUGGGCUCCAUCCUUUGCGACAUCAAAUUCUCCGAGCUCUCCUACCUGGAGGCUUUUUGGGGCGAUUACCUGAGCGGGGCCCUGCUCGAGGCCCUCAAGGGCGUUUUCCUGACCGAGGGGCUGCGGCGCGCCGUGGGCCGCGAGGACGUGCGGCUGCUGGUCAGCGUGGACCAGGACGACUACGAGGCCGGGCGCAGGUUGCUGAUGGCGGCGGCGGCGGCGCGGGCGGGGGGAG